GCUCCAGGAAGAGGAACUGAUCUGAACACUGAAGUCAGCUGAUCUGGAGUCAGUCUGUGUUGCUCUUCAUGAUGGUGCCACUGGUGAGGAAUGAACACACAAUGUACACAACAGUACACAGACCUUUAUAACAGCCGCAAUAAAAGCAAGCACGUGGAAACAAACCCGGGACCGGGGUCCUCUGUCAGGAACAUGGGAGAGAAUGGCCCUCUCACAGAGACAGGCAUGCUCUUUGAAGAUGAGGAAGAGGACAUCUACAAACUGGCCAGAGAGGAGGAAGACGAAGACAAGAUGGCCAACUUUGACAAAGACAACGGCAUAAUUUCGGGACCCUCAUCCUCCUCAGGAAGGAUUUAUGAUCGGACCACCGUGCUCAUCGAGCAAGACCCCAUCCGAUUGGACGAGGAAGGAGAGGAGGAAGGGAUGACUUUUCUGCCAGAGGGAGAGGGCGAUGGGGAUGAGGGUUCCCUGGCCUUCAUGGUUGACCCGGAUGGCAUGUCACAGGGCUACAUUCACCACACCAUCUCACCAGACCAGAUCCAGUUCAUCAUUAACCCUGGCUCCACCCCUAUGCCACGAAACAUCGAGGGGGCCACACUGACGCUACACUCCGAGUGCCCAGAGACCAAGCAGAGAGAGGUGAAACGCUACCAGUGCAUGUUCGAGGGCUGUACGCGCACCUACAGUACGGCAGGAAACCUGCGCACGCAUCAGAAGACACACCGCGGUGAAUACACAUUUGUGUGUAAUCAGCAGGGCUGCGGCAAAGCCUUUCUCACAUCCUACAGCCUGAAGAUCCACGUCCGCGUCCACACGAAAGAGAAACCCUUUGAGUGUGAUGUUCAGGGCUGUGAGAAAGCCUUCAACACACUCUACAGACUGAAAGCACACCAGAGGCUGCACACUGGGAAGACGUUUAAUUGUGAAUCAGAGGGGUGCACUAAAUACUUCACUACACUCAGUGACCUGAGGAAGCACAUCCGCACACACACGGGAGAAAAACCAUUCCGGUGUGAUCAUGAUGGCUGUGGUAAGGCUUUCGCUGCUAGUCAUCACCUGAAAACACAUGUACGGACACACACUGGAGAGAAGCCAUUCUUCUGUCCGAGUGAUGGCUGUGAGAAGACCUUCAGCUCUCCAUACAGUCUGAAGAGUCACAUUCGUGGUCAUGAUAAAGGGGCAUUCUUCACAGUGAGUCACCCACUCUCAGAGGAUGCAAAUCACUCGCUAUGCCUCAGUGAUUUGAGCCUCAUUUCCACAGACUCUGAACUCCAGGAGAACAACAACAACUCUCAGAAUUUGGAUCUGAACAGCGUCACUCCCAUACGGAUAUUUGAGCUGAUGUUCCAAAGUCCAGAAAACAGUGUCAGCCAAGAUGAUCCAAAACCUACCGAUAACUUUGUGGAGUCGUUUGGCCUUGAACCUUCACCUCAGCCGGCCGAUUCGGACUUGUGUGCCCACACUGCUUUCCCUCAGCCCCCUCCAUCCACCUCUUCCUCCUCAUGCUCCAUCACAACCCCGGUUUUGGAGACUCAGGCUCCGCCUACAGCACUCCCCUCACAGCCAGCCCCGCAUACCGCUGUCAGCAGCUCAUUACUGACCCCACCUUUCCCCUCGGCCCCGUCCACCUCAUCAAACUUACCAGAAGUGUCCGCUCCAUCUACAUCCUCAGUUUCCCAGCACUAUGUGGCAUCGCCCUCCUCGACUCAGCCAGUGCCCCCGCCAAGUGCACCUAGUGUCUGCAGCACAGCGGGCGUGACAACAGAGGUGACAGCAGCAGUAACGCACACAGUGCCUUUGGCUCCUCCUCCUCCUCCCACCAUCACCAUCGCACCCACGCUCGGCCUGCAGCCCAGCAUCGUCAUGUCUGAUCACAACCUGCAGUGGAUCCUCAGCAGUGCCGCCAGCGCCCAGCAGAACCCUGAACAACAGGGUCCAAAAGUCGAGAAGGUCUUUUUUACAACAGCCAUACCAGUCGGUGGACAUUCAGGGAACGCAGUGCAGCAGAUUGGUCUCAGUCUGCCGGUUAUCAUCAUAAAGCAGGAGGAGUCGUGCCAGUGUCACUGUGCCUGUAGAGACUCAGCGAAAGACAAGAGCUCUGCUCAGAGUGCUGCCUCCUCACUGCAAGACUCAAAGAACACAUCGCCUCCUCCUCCCCCACCACCUCCUCCUCCCCCAAUCACCCCUGAACCCCCUCCCUCCUGCUACCCAUCAAAAAAGAGCCCCGUUGUACCCCACGCACCGCCCCUGCCGGACAACCUGUCCGCUCCUGUCACCCCCGACCCCACCACUGAUGGCCUGGCCAGCAUAGAUGUUUCAGAUCUGCUCAGCCCAGACACCACGGCCAACAUAGAAGCCCUUCUUAUGGUCGCAGACGAGUUCUCCAUGGCUGAUGGAGGCAGCAACAACGCCCCCUAGAGUACGCUGAGGUUCAGGUCGUGUAUGGAUGAGUAGAUCACACUUGUAACCAUGCUAAAGACACACAUAUCUCCCAGGUGUGUCUUUUAGAGGCUUAUUCUGGCAUACAAAGGCAAAACGCAGUAUCUACGAUAACACUAAAACUAGAAUAAUGGAUUCAAAGUUUUUGGAUUGUCCAGCCAAAUGUGGAUUAUAAAAUAGCCUCACUCUGUUUUUUUCUGAAUCUGAGUCUAGUUGAGCCAAACCCAUCUGUUACAGGACAGAUUAUAAUCUAAGAGAUCAGAUUUCGGUCAUAAUUCAAUUUGGACAAAAUGUGUAGUUACUGCGUUUUGCAUUUGCAGGGUAGUAUUGUGAAGCAACCUCCUUGAACCAAAUGUGAGCGUGUGUUUUGGUGCACUUUCGAGGGAGGGCAGUAUAUUUGCAUUCAGAGCAGUUUAGGGAAAGUUAGUUGAGUUGCUUCCCUUACUUCAUUGUACAGAGCCUUUUAAAGGACAGGGAGUGAAUUUGUUUAGUGAAAAAGUUUGCAAUCCCUCUUAAGAUUUGUGUUCCCUCACAAUAUGUUUACCCAUCCCUUACGAAAAUGUACCAUGGUUUAACUACAGUGACUAUGUUUUAGUCAUGAUAUUCAUGUCGUAGUUUUAUAGGAAAACCAAAACGAUGGUAAUAAAAAUCAUUACCAUUUUUCGUAAGGGAUGAAAAUAUAGGUAUUGUGAGAGAACCCAAAAUAAUUGUGAGGGAACGUAAAACAUGUGUGGUAACGCAAACCUAUUUCAGAAAAUAAAUUCCCUCCCUGUCCUCUAGGGGGCUCUAUAGCAUGAGUCUCGUUAGCAUUUUAACUUUCUUUUGUUUUUGUUUUUUUGUUGUUGGUAGAUUAUGUAAAUGAUUCUGGAAGGAAAAGACCACAGGUGUGCACUGGUUACUAUGAAAUGGGUCCAAAUUUGCUUAUAGAAAUUUAUAAUACAGAAAAGGAAGUUUUUUUUUUUGCCCAGCCAGGUGCUGUUCUUGAGUUUAUAACUUGAAUUCCAAGAGAUUGAUGGGAAUGUACUGCACAUUUGUUCACUGGUAUGUCUAGGACUUUCAGCAAAGUUUGUGGGGUAAUGAAACAUAAGUAUUUUAUCUGUAAUUUAUUACAAAAGGCUACAGUAGUCUUGAUAAUGUGAUUUUGAAAUCUUUUAUUUGACAGUUUGUCACUCUAGAUGAACUUGUCUUUUAAAUGUAAUUAGGGGUUAGUUUGGAUUUAAUAUUAUAUGUGUUAAUUUAUUAAAAUACUUAAUUGUUGAUAAAUGUAGCUAUUUUUUCCUACUUUUCAAAAAAAAAAAAAAAAAGCAAUCUCCAAACUAAGCAAGAUUAAGACUAUCUUUUUCGGGAAUUUCAUGAAGCUUGUCAGUUUUGGUCAUAUUUCACCCCAAAAUCAAAAAAUACAUUAUUGUUUGCUUAAAGAAAAGGAAACCAAUUUUUGUUUUCAUGAGUUAAGCACAUUUUUCAAUCUCAUUUUCAAUCUUUCUUAAUACCUAAUACAAAAUAAAUAUAUAAAUAUAUAUUAUUUGAAUUGUAAAUCAUUUUGAGAUCAAAGUAAAUUGAUGAAUAAAAUAAAAGAGCUUCAUUUUCUUAUAAUUUAUCGAAAACAUUUAUGAAAUUUAAGAUGUUUUGUCCUUGUGGUUUAACUUUUUAUACUCUAUGAUGGAAUCAGCCAAUCAAAUACUGACACCUUCGUGAUGGGUGUGUGGUUGGGUUUCCUUUCCUGCCUCUCAUUGGUUGUUACAGAUCUGUAUGUUUCCUGCCUUUAUUUUCCAUGUCCUGCACCUUUCCUUAAUGAAACCCUCAUGAGUCUCAGUGUGGUGACCCGCUCAGGGAUAGAGAAACAAGCAGUGGUUCUCUGAAGCUGUUGUGUGUGUCUGCUUAUAUGGGUUCCUGACUACAUAACUCUGAGCAGCAGAACACAACUAAAUCAGAGCUAACCUUUUGUUAUUAAUCUGCUUGUAGUGCACUACCUAGCCACAGUUCAGCCAACUCAGCGAAUGCCUAAUUACUUGCGUUCGUUAGCCCCUCAUUUAUAUACCACUGCUGUAUAGAGAUUUUAAGGAGCUAACCAUAAUGUAAAUAUAUAGUACCUUUGAAAUGAUAAAUGUUUAAGCCUUUAGAUUGUAUUUGUAUUUUUGUAUAGAACUAUGAGAAAUCAGACUUUGCGUGCAAGAUGAUAGACGUGACUCUGCACUGCCUUUUACACCAGUGUAUCUCUUAUGCAGUACUGUUCACAUGUAUGUAGUUUGGUGAAUCUCACGAAAACUAUCUGGGUCAUAUUUCACCUGCAAAGUGGAAAAAAAAUUAUCUUCACUAUAAUGCAUAAGUAAUUAUGUAUUUUUUAAAUUGUAAAGUAUUUGUACAUCAUAGUAGUAUUUAUUGUACUUAUUUGAAUUUAGGAUGAUUUUUUCAUUAAUGUAUUACAAUAAUGAGAAUAAGAAUUCUACACAUUACAAUAAUUUAUAUGGAACUUGGAGGUGGUGCUCACUGUAAUAAUAAUGUUGAAAGUAAUGUUACAGCCCAUAAAAUAUAACUGUAAUUAUCAAGUAAUGUCAAAAGCAGUGUCACAAAACAUACAAUUAUAAUUGUUCUAAAUUAGGCUUAAUUUUUAUUUAGCAUACUGUUUUAUUAAUAAUGUCUAUAUUUUAUUUAUAUAUAUAUAUAUAUAUAUAUAUAUAUAUAUAUAUAAAAGUAAUAAUAUUUUUAUUUGAUCCAGACAUUUCUUCAUGAGGUUCACUGAAAUGGACUCAUUUAGGACAAAAAUGGCCUUACAACUCUUACAGUCACAUAGUCAUAGAGUUAUUUAACCUCAGAUAUGUAUGUCUUUGAUUUUCCACAUCAUUUCAUGUUCCUCGCUGUUUCAGAUAUCUCCUACAAUUGACUCAACAUGAAUGUUUUUAUUUGGCCUGAUAUUAAAAGAGCCUUUGUCCUGUCCAGUGCCAAGUAAACAUGAAUUGUCUGUUUCUCAGUGAAGCCCUCACUUAUGGUACGUUACUUCAGUAGGUCAUCAUACAAUCUGUGAAUACAUCUCUCCCUCAAAAUUCAUGUUUUGUUUCAUAAUAACAGCUGAAUGAACAGUUGAUCUGUUGUGUACAGUAGCUUUGAUAUUUAUCCAUUACGUUUUUUUUUUCCGUUUUUUUUCCUCAAAUGUCCAUUAAUGGCAACUGUGCAAACUGAGUACUGGAACAUUGUAAUCCUUACAGCUUGAACAACACAGUUAUUUCCCCUAAACUAAUUAAGUAUUCAUUUAAAACGAGAUGGCACUUAUGUGGGGUCUGGCCAAUUUAUAUGAUCAAAACAUUCACAUUUCAUGUAGUUUGGACUAGUUCAAUUAUGUAAUAUUAGUAUAGAUUUGAAGCCACUUUUUAUUCAGCAAGUAACUAUGCAAUGUGACAUAGAGCUUCAAGAAUACAGGAAAUAAACAUCUACUCAGCCACACUUUACCUCCCUUUGUACAUAUCCACAAGCAAAUGAUCACGUGUCAGGAUUCAGUGCUUAUAUUUUUAUCAUAUGCAAAUUAUUAGAGCAAAACAGUUGUGUCCUAUUGCAAUGAAUUGGUAACUUUACAAGCCUUUUUUUGCUUUUUUUACCUUAAAAUUGUAUAAGAAAAUGUCUAAGCUGUCUGUUUUGUAUGCUCACCCAUCAUAUUGUUGCGUGUACAGUUAUGUUUGAUGUGAUUGAAUGUGUUGUGUUUCAUCAUGUAUCUGGGCAUUGCAAUGUUCUGUAUUUUCCUGUUGAAAAUGAUUGCUGCUUCAACUUUUUAAAUUGACCCCAUGUAGGUUUUGUUUAAACACACAGGUUAAAAAUCUUUGUUUUUCUCCUGAAAGAAAUUUUGAUAACACUUUAGUUAAUGCAUUAGGUAUCAUGAACUAACAAUGAACAAAUGCAUUUUUUUUUAAAAAACAGCAUUUAUUUAUCUUGUUAAUGCAUGUUAAUAAAAAUACAGUAGUUCAAUGUUUAUAGUGCAUUAACUUGAUUUUAAAAAUGCAUUACUAAUUGUUGAAAUUAACAUUAGCCAAGAUUAAUAAAUGCUGUAAAGUAUGGUUUAUUGUUAGUUCAUGUUAACAAAUGUAACCUAAUCAUAAAGUGUUACGUACAUUUUUGCUCAAGAUUAACUUUUGGGCUUUCUGUGUUUAUUUCCAGUCAUUCCACCUUAGUCAGGUGCUGUAAUUAUCAUUCUAGAAACUUUUGAAGGCAUUGUAACAAAAGAGUAGAUUUGAUCUGUGAAACUAACAGAUGUGGGUCCUUUUCAUGGUAACUGAAAAUGUUUGCUUGACAUUGAUGAUAUGUAUUAAAUUCUGGUUUAGGCAGCAUCAAAAGGACACUAGACGUUUGGAGUAAAAAAAUAAAAAGUACGACUGGCAUGUUAGUGGAGUCUCAAAAACAGAUGAGGUAGAGAAAACUAAAUGCUUCCAUAAGGACUGCUUUUGAUACCCAAAGUGUGAGGAAACUGUAAAUGUAAAGAUCUGUAUUUUUAAAGAAUGUAUAAUGUGAAAAUUCUAAUAUGCUUGUUUUGUACAAAGUAUGGCAAAGUAAUAACUUUUUGAAUCAAAAAGCAAUACAAUACCAGUGAAAUCUU